GUCAUGACGUAGAGCCUAGCAACAACGCAGGCUCCCGGCGGAGUCCGUUAUGGCCGCUGCUGUCUUGAGGAGGAUGAGGGGAACCGUGCAAGCGAAACUGCGGUACUCGCCCGGCCUCCAGGUCCCGGGAGGGUUGGCGCAGCCGCUCGUCCUGGCGCUCCUUCUUGUGUCCGCCACCUUGUCCAGUGCCAAGUUCAGCCAGUUGGUGCAACAGGGGGUGGUCAGAGAGUUUGAUUUUACUUGGGAUGUAGCCUUGCCAACUGUACCACAGACUGAUUUGCUGAUCCAAACUGUACUCCAGCCAGAUGUCUCUGCUCCAAAUAUGAGUGCUUUAACACAUGAAAACCAAACCAAACUUUCUGUCUCCCAAAUCAGCGCCACUCUCCGUCCCACAACUAGUACAGAGAAAGGUGGAGGGGCAUCUGUGGCCCCUCAUCCCUCACCUACUACUUCCCUGUCUCAAGAGGAGGCAGAUAACAAUGAAGAUCCCAGCAUAGAGGAGGAGGAUCUUCUUACACUCAAUAGUUCUCCAUCUACCGCCAAAGACACUCUGGACAAUGGAGACUAUGGAGAACCAGACUAUGACUGGACCACCAGCCCCAGGGAUGAUGAGUCCAGUGAAGCUCUGGAAGAAAACAGGAACUACAUGGAAAUUGAACAGUCAGUGAGAUCUUUUAAGACCCCAUCCUCAAAUAUUGAAGAGGAAGAUAGCCAUUUCUUUUUUCAUCUUAUUAUUUUUGCUUUUUGUAUUGCUGUUGUUUACAUUACAUAUCACAACAAAAGGAAGAUUUUCCUUCUGGUUCAGAGUAGGAAAUGGCGUGAUGGCCUUUGUUCCAAAACAGUGGAAUAUCAUCGUCUAGACCAGAAUGUUAAUGAGGCAAUGCCUUCGCUGAAGAUUACCAAUGAUUAUAUUUUUUAAAGCACUGUGAUUUGAGUUUGCUUAUUAUGUAAUUUUAUUUGCUUGACUUUUUUAUAUAAUAUUGUGCAGAUGUUUGCCAUAGGCAGUUGGUACUUAAAUGAGAGGUGGGUCUCUCUUUAUUUUGCCUUGGUGCUUUCGAAAUGAAAUGUCACAAACAAGGAGUAUAUAAUUUUUUAUCUACACAUUUAGAGGUAAAUUCAAUCAGGUGUCCAGAAUGUGGAGCUAAGCAUUAUAUUAGUUUUGUUUUAGAUUUCUUUAUUGUUCUUCUUCUGGGAGUGUUAGUAAUACUAGUUUUACAAGAUCCCAACCUUGUAACUAAAUCCUAACAUAUCUGGUACUGCUGGCUCCGAUUCUCUUUCUGCCAUCCAAAUACUGUUUUAUAAGCACACAUUUUGUGAUCCCAAACUGUUAAUGUACAAGGAUGCGUAUAAUAGCACUUGGCAUAUAAGUAACAUUUUUUCUUCCAGGAAAAUCGCUUUGGAUAUUUUUGGAUGAUUUAAACAUAACUUAAGAUAAUGAUAAUGCUCAAUCUGACCACAGUUUUAGGUAACAUAUUAAUAAAUGUCUCUAGAAAUUCUGGCAGUAGAGAGACUCUGCAGUUUGCAGUGGAUAUAGAUAAAAUGUUAUAGAGAUACCAUAUUUUGGCUUAAGUUACUGAAUUAAAUUUAGAGGUAGAAAUUGUGGCAAAAUAUUAAAUACACAUACAGUUGCUUUCAGUCAGCAAUUGAUUGUAGCACGGGUUCCUCCAAGCUUCCAAGCAAGGAGCAGAGUUUAAAAUCAUAUCAGAUUUUUUCAUGUUGUCUAUUACUUUAUAGUAAGUUUGAAUAAAUUUUAGGGGUCAUUAUCACUUAAGUAAUUCUGUAUCUAGGCCUUUCAAAUUAAAAUUAUACCUGAAUGAAGUUGUUUGUAUACAUAGAGGGUAUAUGUGUGCACUGACUUUUUCUCCACCUGUACUUGUUUUAUUUUCUUCUGUUUUGUUUUUCACAGCAACUGGAAAUUUUUUACCGUAUUUUGUUUUACCCUGUCUUUCUGUAAUAAAGAAUUGAUCAAUAUGUACAUAUGUGAUUUGAACCAUGGUUGACUUACAAGUGUCACUGCAACUUUGUAGAAAACAUAACCCCUAAUAUAUGUUAAACACCCACUCAGAAAGUCCGGGUGAGCCAGUGGGCAUGAGCUUUGUGUAAAGAUGGAAGAAGCGGGGCAGUCCACCAUUUCUUUCAGGUGGACAAUUUACUGUCCUGAUAAGGAAGGGCAGCACAAUGGAAAUAUACCUGAACUGUUUUAUGGCAGUAAUUUUUCAUAUCUGAAAUUGUAUUAUUUAAUAUUUUGAAUAAGAUUUUAAAAAUAAAUGGCAAAAAUAUAAGUCUA